AUGACUCCCGAAGGCGAAGAGAUUCGCACAAUAUUCGUAACAGGCUUUCCCCCAGACGCCAAGGAGCGCGAGGUGCAGAACAUGCUGCGCUGGUGGCCGGGCUACGAGGCCUGCCAGCUCACCUUUAAGGGCGACCAGCCGCUAGGAUUUGCGAUUUUCAGCACUCCUGCGAUGGCCUUUGCCGCCAGAGACGCGCUGCAGGGUCUCAUAUUCGACGCGGAUCACAACUCAGUGCUGCGAGUGGAGCUGGCUAAAACGAACCUGCACAGAAGGAAAGGUCUACCCGGGGGAGGUGACGGCUAUGAUCACUCCAAGCGCUCGAGGGUCGAUCCCAUGGCUGCUUAUAUGCCCGGUGCUGCUGCUGCUGCUAUGGGCAGCUUCAUGCCUGCAGCAUAUGACGCAUAUGCCUCCUCCUUCACGCCCCUCCCUGCUGCCCCCGCUGCUGCUCCCAAGACGUACACCCCCCUCCCUGCUCCGCCCUCGGGCAUGCCUGGAAAGAUAUACCGCGACAACCCCCCCUGCAACACCCUCUAUCUCGGCAAUCUGGGCCUGCAAGUGAGCGAAGCCGAGCUGUUGCAGAUCUUCAGCGUGACGUGGAAUCAGCAUCAGCAGUGCACACACACGGCGCUGCAGGGAAUCACUCUCGCCUUUCCUCUUCGCCUCACUUACUCCCCUUCCCCUCCUUCUGUCCCCUUCCCAACCCCUCUUCGCCAGGACGUGGAGUCAGCAUCAGCAGUGCACACACACGGCGCUGCAGGGCAUCUCUCUCGCCUCCUCUCUCCCUCACGCAGCAGUGCCCUCCCCAUUUCUCCUUCUUCUGCCCUCCUCCCCUCCUCCCCCCUCCCCUCAUGCCAGGAUGUGGACGCAGCAUCAGCAGUGCACACGGCGCUGCAGGGAAUCUCUCUUGCCUCCUCCGACCGAGGGCCUUUUGAUCAAGCAGUGUUCCUUGACUCCUCUCUCUCCCUCUCUCUUCCUCGUGUCCUCUCUCCUUCUCUUUCCCUCGUCCUCCCUCGCCUCCUCUUCCCCUCUCUCUCCCUCGUUCUCCCUCUCCUCCUCCCUCGCUCUCUCCGCCUUCUCUCCCCCUCUAUAUCCUGCCCCAUCCUCAUCUCCGUGUCUCUCUUUCUCCCUCAUUCCUCCCCUAGCACAUUCUCUCGCACUCCUCUCGGUCAGAAGGGUCACAGGGCGAUGGAGAGGGAAGGGAGGGACCCAGCGGCCGGGCCACCAGGGGCAGCAGGCGCAGGUUUAGAGCCGCCACCAGCUGGCACCGCGGGGGAGCAGUAG